UCCCGCUCCAGCUCCACUCUCGCUUUAGAGGGCUCCCACAGCACUUCCCAGCCAGUGUGCUCAGCCUGCCUGCCUGCCUGCCUCUGUGUGUGUGAGAGUGUGUAUGUGUGUGAGCAUGUGUGCGUGCGUCUACUUUGUACUGUGAAGAACACAGCCCAUGUGCUCUGCAUGGACGUUACUGCUACUCUAUUUAGCUUGAUUUUCGACAAGCAGGCAAGAUGUCCAGCACACCACAUGACCCCUUCUAUUCUUCUCCUUUCGGCCCAUUUUAUAGGAGACAUACACCCUACAUGGUACAGCCAGAGUACCGAAUCUAUGAGAUGAACAAGAGACUGCAGUCUCGCACAGAGGAUAGUGACAACCUCUGGUGGGACGCUUUUGCCACUGAAUUUUUUGAAGACGACGCCACAUUAACUCUUUCAUUUUGUUUGGAAGAUGGACCAAAGCGAUACACUAUUGGCAGGACCCUCAUCCCUCGUUACUUCAGCACUGUGUUUGAAGGAGGGGUGACUGACCUGUAUUACAUUCUCAAGCACUCAAAAGAGUCCUACCACAACUCCUCCAUCACAGUGGACUGCGACCAGUGCGCCAUGGUCACCCAACACGGGAAGCCCAUGUUCACCAAGGUGUGUACAGAAGGCAGGCUGAUCUUGGAGUUCACCUUCGAUGAUCUCAUGAGAAUAAAAACUUGGCACUUUACCAUUAGACAGUACAGAGAGCUGGUCCCCAGAAGCAUACUAGCCAUGCAUGCACAAGAUCCUCAGGUCCUGGAUCAGCUGUCUAAAAACAUCACCAGGAUGGGUCUAACCAACUUCACCCUCAACUACCUCAGGUUGUGUGUAAUACUGGAGCCAAUGCAGGAGCUGAUGUCCAGACAUAAAACCUACAACCUCAGUCCCCGAGACUGCCUCAAGACCUGCUUGUUUCAGAAGUGGCAGCGGAUGGUGGCACCACCAGCAGAACCCACAAGGCAACCAACAACCAAAAGGAGAAAAAGAAAAAAUUCCACCAGCAGCACCUCCAACAGCAGCGCUGGGAACAACACCAACAGUACUGGUAGCAAGAAGAAGACCACAGCCGCAAGCCUGAGUCUGCCCACUCAGGUACCUGAUGUGAUGGUGGUAGGAGAGCCAACUCUGAUGGGAGGUGAGUUUGGGGACGAGGACGAAAGGCUAAUCACUAGAUUAGAAAACACGCAGUAUGAUGCGGCCAACGGCAUGGACGACGAGGAGGACUUCAACAAUUCCCCCGCCCUGGGGAACAACAGCCCGUGGAACAGUAAAGCUCCCGCCACGCAAGAGACCAAAUCAGAAAACCCCCCGCCCCAGGCGUCCCAGUAAGAUGCUGGGCAGCACCAGCAUCCACCUGUUCACAGGUCCAUAGGGGUCGUUCCAGUUGCAGAUGUUUGCUUUCAGGAGAGGAAAGAGGAGAAAUUUAAAAAAAAAUACAAACAAACAAACGAAAACUUUUCCAUGCAAAUAUCUCUUUCUAAAUCACAGUGAUCUGCUUUUCUUUCUUGCUUUUUUAAAAAUUUUUUUAAUGGAGAGGAUCAUUCCAAAUAAGCUUCCAUGACCCUUCCCUGGAGGCCUUUGCCGGAAGGACAGAUACUGGCACUGAUCACGCUUAGAGUGAGAGAAAUCGCGAGGGAAAUCGCGAGGGCGUCUCCCGGCACGCUGUUAGCACCGUGUUUGUGUCGAGUUCCCUUCUCACGCGUCCAGCGAAGGCCGUGUUGUGUAAACGUGCUCAGUGCUCAGGAUCUCUUAAAUAUGCCGAACCUAACUACAGAUGACUUUUUAAUAUUGUAAAAUAUUUUCUGCUUUUUGACUUGCAUUUGAGAGUUUCUUGUUUCAGUAAAAAAAGAAAAGACAAAAAUCAGCCUUUGGAAAGUAACUUACAUGUACCUUCUUUUUUUCUUUUCUUUCGUUUUUCCUUUUUGCCCACUGGGUAACAGCAAGGAGAGCCCAGCGAGGUAAUUUGUGAUCAAGCCCAUGUCCAUUGGUUCUUGAGUCUGAGUUGGUUCAGUUUAGCCCCAGUGCUGAAACAAGAAAUGUCUUUUUAUCAUCAGACACCAGGGCAGAUUUUUUCAUGUAAAGAAAGACAAUUGGACCCUGGGAAAUGUACGCAUUUGUAAAGUUGCUGUUGAUCCAAAUAUUUUUAAGCCAUGUAAUCCAUUAAUUUUGUGGGCAGUUGAAUAAAUCUGAAACUUCUCUGUGUUUACUUUUCAUUAUUGUACCUGAGUUGACUAUACAGCCUUUUCAUAGAUUAUCUCCUGUAUAAUAUUUUGUAAAGCCCUCACCUGGUUAUUUUAUGGGGACUUUUCUUUUGGGGCAAUUCCAGUGUAUUUAUGUGAAACUUUAUAAAAGAACUAAUUUUUCCAUUUGCAUAUUAAUAUGUUCCUCCACACAUGUAAAGACACAGUGGCUCCGUGUGUUAUAAAACAGCUGUAUUUUAUGUAUGCUUUACUGGUAAGUGUGCCAAUAAUAAAC